AGCUCACGAGUAGGGCUCUACCCCGACUCGAUGAAGAUGACCGCCUCUCCCCGAUCCUCAGCCACCUGUCGAAGAAUUUUGGAAGCGCCGAGUCCGUCUACUCCGAGGGAGAAGGGUUUGUGGAUGGAGCUCCAGUCACUGCCAGCAGCAUCGAUCCUCUCUCGCAACACUUUCCGCUGUGCAUGCGCAGCUUACACAUGACAUUGCGCAAGAACAAUCAUCUGAAGCAUUUCGGCCGACUUCAGUAUAGUUUGUUCCUCAAGGGCAUUGGACUGUCUCUCGAGGAGUGUAUUCUAUUCUGGCGCCAGUCGUUCAAGGGCUUCACUGACGAUGAAUUCAAUUCCCGAUACAAGUAUAAUAUCCGCCACGUCUAUGGAGAUGUGGGCGGUGAUGUCAACCGAAGGGGCCGUGGCUACCCACCCUACUCGUGUCAGAAGAUCCUCCAGGACUCAAACCCCGGGGUUGGACAGACUCAUGGGUGUCCAUACCGUCACUUUUCAGCUGACAACCUAAUUGGGCUGCUUCAGUCGACGGGCGUCAAUGACCGGGACUUGUUGCGUGGGGUACGAGAGGAUGUCGAAAAAACUCGGUAUCACAUUGCCUGCAACCGAGUGUUUGAGUACACUCAUAAAGCUGAGAUCAAAAGAGCCAAAGAAGACGGUUCGGCAAGUGAAAUCGACCUCGACACCAUUGUUCACCCCAACACUUACUUCAAGCGCAGCUACCUGUUGAAGCAGGCUGGAAAGUCGCAGAGAAACGCAUGAAAAUCGCUUCAAGUUUUGCAAUACAAAGAUAUGCCCAAGUUUCUCACGGUAUCCAUUUUCUACACACAAAGGCACAUGGCGUUUUGGGAGUUUGAUACGGCGGGCUUGACAGUUGUUUUUGGUAUAAUCCGGUUUGCAGCACGUAUAUUCAAUUCAAUAACAUUUCUUUAUCCUUGAUUUGAGUCUGUUAUAACGAGCAUAAUAAUGCGUCGCGCAAAAGGAAGUUUUUGUGACCACAGCUGAUUCCCAAUUCAUCCAAAAGGAUCAGAAUGACCUUUCAAAACCAGGUGCCCAGCAACGGGCCGUAAUCGUUCUUCGCUCGACAGAAAAACAACCCCGUCACUGAGAGAGAUCGAAGCUGAGUGUUGAGUCGGCGGUAGAAGAAAUUUGUUAAGAAGGAAAAAAAAAAAGAGAAAAAUACUGGUGGAGGCUGGCCUUUUUAAACAACACUAGCGUGGUU